GGGUGGCAGGACGCGGCGGGCGCCCGCAGAUGAUGCCAUGGACGGGGGGGCUCAGCCGAGCUGCCCCCGGGAGCCCCCCGGGCCGGACGGUGUGGAGCAGGAGGGGGUCCCCAGCGAGCGGGAUGGGGGCGAGGGCCCCCCCGAGGUCAAGCGCUCCCAGCCCCUCUUCAUCCACGGCUGCAGCCGGCAGCUGGCAGAAGAGGAGCCUCGAGCCUCGUCGCUGCCCAGCAUCCCCAACCCCUUCCCCGAGCUCUGCAGCCCCUCCAACUCGCCCAUCCUCAGCAGCCCGGCCCUGGGCCAGGGACCCCCCCGGGAAGGUGUCUCCCACGUGGUGAAGGUGUUCGGCGAGGACGGCGCCUGCCGCUCCCUGGAGGUGUCGGCUGGCACCACGGCUCGGCAGCUCUGCGAGACCCUGGUGCGGAGGACGCGGGCGCUGCAGGACCACAGCUGGGCACUGGUGGAGCUGCACCAGCACCUGGCCCUGGAGCGGUGCCUGGAGGACCACGAAUCGGUGGUGGAGGUGCAGAGCUCCUGGCCCCCGGGCGCCGACAGCCGCUUCGUGUUCCGCAAGAACUUCGCCAAGUACGAACUGUUCAAGAGCAACGCGCAGUCCCUCUUCCCCGAGGUGAUGGUGUCCAGCUGCCUGGAGGCGAAUAAGAGCAUGGCACACUCCGAGCUCAUUCAGAACUUCCUCAACUCGGGGAGCUGCCCCGAGGUGCAGGGCUUCCUGCAGCUGCGGGAGGCUGGCCGCAAGGUCUGGAAGCGUUUCCACUUCUCCCUGCGCCGCUCGGGGCUCUACUACUCCACCAAAGGCACCUCCAAGGACCCCCGGCACCUCCAGUACUUCGCCGACCUCACCGAGUCCAACAUCUACUACGUGACGCAGGGCAAGAAGCACUAUGGGACCCCCACAGAGUUUGGCUUCUGCAUCAAGCCCUACAAGGUGAGGAGUGGAGUGAAGGGGCUGAAGCUGCUCUGCAGCGAGGAUGAGCAGAGCAGGAGCUGCUGGAUGGCUGCUUUCCGCCUCUUCAAGUACGGAAUGCAGCUCUACCGCAACUACCAGCAAGCACAGGCACGGCUCAGCCAGCCCCCCUGGAUCGGCCCCACACCCCUGCGGAGCGUCUCAGACAACGCGCUGGUGGCCAUGGACUUCUCGGGGUGCACAGGCAGGGUGAUAGAGAACCCCAACGAGGUGCUGACAGUGGCCUUGGAGGAGGCUCAGGCCUGGAGGAAGAAGACAACUCACCGCUACAGCCUGCCCGCCGCCUGCCACAGCUCCCCGCUCAGCACCGCCAUCCACCGCACCCAGCCCUGGUUCCAUGGCCGCAUCUCCCGGGAGGACACCCAGCAGCUCAUCGGCCGCCAGGGGCUGGUGGAUGGGGUCUUCCUGGUGCGAGAGAGCCAGAGGAACCCCAAGGGCUUCGUCCUGUCCCUGUGCCACCUGCAGCGAAUCAAGCACUACCUGAUCCUGCCGAGCGAGGAGGAGGGGAGGCUUUACUUCACCAUGGACGACGGGCAGACGCGCUUCGCCGACCUGAUCCAGCUGGUGGAGUUCCACCAGAUCAACCGCGGCAUCCUGCCCUGCAAGCUGCGCCACUACUGCACCUGCGUGGCCCUCUGAGCCUGGCACCGCCUGGCACCGCCCAGGUGGCACAGCUCGGCCCGGCCCGGCGCCGCUGGCACGGUGGGGGCCAGCCCGGC